UCGGCUAGCGCCUCAUACGUACCUACUUUUGUACCUAAAUAAUUGUAUUAAAUAAGUAAUUAAAAUAAGUAUCUUGAAGCAGGAGUUUUCUUGGAGAGUAAACCCCUCAGCUGAGCUGUACAUGAUUACCAGCUCCGACAAUUGGCGACCGUACGACAGGACUGUACCAAAGUCCACAUUCCAAUCUAACGGGACAUCGACGGGCAAGCGGAAUAUUCCAUACCUACGGAUUGCACCUGCAUUAGUGAUCGUCAUCGCAAUUAAACAGGAAAGUAGCCCAUCCUACAUUUUCCUUAACACCUGUGAUCCAUUAUCCCCUUAAUUUGUGUGAAUAUAGUGCUUAGCCCUCAGCUCCGUCUAGAUCUUGAAGUGCUCAUAAUUUGUGAUAAAAUAAUAAAUAAUCAGUGCUAUAACUAUUAAAAUCGCUGCUUAUUCGUUACUGUGCAUUAAAUUGAGAGAAGCCUACUUGCAUUCAUGAACUACGUAAUUUGCUAGCUUAAAGGUGUACCUACUCAGUGCGAUAAGCGAGCGUCCAUUUUGUGCUGUAUCAUUAUCUUUGCAUAGCAACUGCAUUUCUUUCGCAUAAUUCUUACAAAAUCUAAUAUUUCUUCCUCACUUUAUAGUUUGCUAUUGCCUGUAUUCUAUUUAGGUAAUAAAAUAAUUACGCAUUACAGCUUUUUAAACUUCUCAGUACGUUAAAAGUAGAAUAACAAGUACGUUAGGAAUUUCGAUUAAAAUUUUAGAUUAUUCCCCAAAUUAGCAACAAAUUAGUGUUUCUUUAAAUUCAUAUGGUGCUAACCGUGCAUUCCAGUGAUAACUAAUCGAGAUAUCUGCGCGCAUUCCUGUGCCAAGCUGGGCGUUUCCCGUGCACGGUGUACCUACUUCGCUGCCAUUCAACGUGCCAUUGGACCUACUGCCGAGACAUUUAAUUGGGGCACUUUCUGGUGGGACGGCCCAUGACUUCACUGCCGUCACCCCCCGUUUGUCUUAAAAACCCUGAUAGGUACCAGCGUAUCGAGCAGCUGCGCCAGCAUUUCUGGCAAAGAUGGCGGAACGAGUACUUGGCCGAGCUGCAGCAACGUACCAAAUGGCGCCAGAGGCAGAAGGAGCUCAAGGUUGGAGACCUGGUGGUGUUCAAGGAGGAGAACACCACACCACUUAAAUGGAGGCUUGGGAGAGUCCUGACACUCUAUCCAGGCAUUGACGGAGUCUGCAGGGUCGCAGACUUCACCACACAGAAGGGCGUCGUUAGAAGAGCACUCAACCGAGUGUGCCCUCUACCCUGCAUGAAGGAUCUUGAAAGCAGCAGCUUUCAAAGGGGGCAGGUUGUUAACGCAAACCAGUCCCGGAGAAGUGAGGCCUGCGGGGGCAUGACGUCACCGGCGCGGGGAGCACCAACCGCACAUACGACACACACGACUCUCGGCUAG